CGCAACCUCUUACCUUUUCACUUUUCAGCUCCCUCCUCUCCCUCAUCCAUUUUCAGAUCUGAUUUCUCUCACCUCUCCAUCUCCAUGCGGCAGAUUACGAAGACUCCCACAACAAGUAUUUUCCUCCAACUCCGGCCAUCGGCAGACGAUGGCAAUCCUUACAGAUGAAAAUAGAGCAGGGAUGAGAAUGAAGAGAUGGCCGGUGGUGAUCCUGGAAGGAGGCAGCGGCGAAGAUGGUGGUGGCAACAGCAGAGACCAACGGCGUCCGACGGCGUCUGACAACGGUGGAGACCGGUGGUGUCCAGUGAUGGCAGAUAUUGGUGGCAUCCGGCGGCGGAGUUCGGCGGCGGCGUCUGGUGGCGGCGUCUGGCGGCGGUUAGGGGCGGCUGUUGGCGGAUACUGGUGCACCCCUGGGUGUUGCCGGUGGCAAGUUGUAGUUGGGGAAGGGAAAACAAAGUUGUUGACUUGUUGUGUAAUUCAUUAAUUAGUUUAUUAUUCUUUGUUAUAAAUAAGUUGGAGUAUUCAUUAAGGGCAUUUUUGUCCCUUACUAUUAAUUUCCGUAUGACAAACUACAUGUUGGAUAGGACUCCUACUUUUGCAUAUUUAAUAUGUUUUACUCUUAAAACGGGAAUUCUCUCAAUAAAAUUACAAUGUUUGAUUAA